AUGCCUUUCGGGCUGUCCAACGCGCUAAGUACUUUUGUGCGAGUUAUGAAACAGGUAUUGCGGCCUUUCAUUGGAAAAUAUGUAGUGGUUUACUUUGAUGAUAUACUGAUUUAUAGUCGUAGUGAGGAGGAACACAUGAAGCAUCUUCGAAUUGUGCUAGCGGUGUUGUUAGCUAACAAACUGUUCAUUAAUUUAAAGAAGUGUAGUUGGUGGACAGAGCGACUUUUAUUCCUUGGGUAUCUAGUCAGUUCCAAGGGGAUAAUGGUUGACGAGGAAAAGGUGAAAGUCAUUCGUGAUUGGCCUACAUCGAAGACAGUUGGAGAAGUAAGAAGUUUUCACGGAUUGGUGACAUUUUACCGGAGAUUUAUCAAGGAUUUCAGCAGCAUUGUGGCUCCUAUUACAGAGUGUCUGAAGAAAGGUAAAUUCCAGUGGGGUGAAGCAGCUAUCACAACCUUUGUAGUCAUCAAGGAGAAAUUGUGUACCACUUCUGUCUUUGCACUGCCCAGUUUUGAGAAGUUGUUCGAAGUAAAGUGUGAUGCUAGUGGAAUUGGGGUCGGAGUGGUCUUGUCACAAGAGAAGAAGCCAGUGGCAUUUUUUAGCGAGAAACUUAUUGUUCGGGCCUUGAAACAUUGGGAGCACUACCUGAUUCAGCGGGAGUUUAUACUCUACACCGACCAUCAGGCUUUGAAGUACUUGAACAACCAGAGAAAUUUAAGUAACAUGCAUGCUCGGUGGUUGACUUAUUUGCAGAAAUUCCCAUUUGUUCUAAAGCAUAAAUCCGGAGUUUUGAAUAAGGAGGUUAUUGGUUUUGAGUAUCUGAAAGACUUAUAUGUGGAAGAUGAGGAUUUCGCGAAAGUAUGGGAAAAGUGUGUUCUGAAACAAACAGAUGGCAAGUUCCAUAUAGUUGAUGACUACCUGUUCCAUGGCAACCAGGUGUGUAUUCCGCAGAGUUAUUUGAGGGAGAAACUGAUACAAGAACUACAUGGUGGCAGCUUGAGUGGUCACUUGGGACGUGAUAAAACUAUCGGUGGGGUAGCCGAGCGAUAUUACUGGCCUCAGUUGAAGCGCGACGUGGGAAAUUUGGUCCAUAAGUGUUAUAUAUGUCAGACUUCAAAGGGGCAAGCUCAGAAUACUGGCCUAUACAUGCCUCUACCUGUACCAAAUGCGAUAUGGGAAGAUUUGUCGAUGGAUUUUGUUUUGGGGCUGCCUCGAACUCAACGUGGGGUAGAUUCUGUAUUUUUUGCGGUUGACAGGUUUUCCAAAAUGGGGCAUUUUAUCCCAUGCCGAAAAACGUAUGAUGUUUCUCACGUAGCUCAGCUAUUCUUUCGUGAAGUGGUUCGGUUACAUGGAGUCCCUCAGUCCAUCACUUCUGACAGGGACUCGAAAUUCCUUAGUCAUUUUUGGGUUACACUGUGGCGGCGGAUGGAUACUACUCUGAAGUUCAGUAGCACAGCCCACCCGCAGACAGAUGGCAUUUGUGGUUAUAAGCCAAAGCAGUGGGAUGUGGCGCUGGCGCUGGCCGAGUUCGCGUAUAAUAAUGCAAUCCACACUGCCACUGGUAGAUCCCCUUUCUCUUUGGUGUAUUUGAAGCCUCCUAAACAUGCAUUGGAUUUGGCUCGCCUCCCUAAGGUUGCUGGUUCCAAUAUGGUUGCUGAAAAUAUGGCUGAACAAGCUCGUGAUGUUCAGACGGAAGUGAAGGCUCGGUUGGAAGAAAAAAAUGCGAAGGUUGCGGCAAACAGCAAGAUGCGUGAGAAACUAUUUGUGGAAGGUGAUCAAGUGAUGGUGUUUCUGCGUAAGGAACAAUUUCCUGUUGGUUCUUACAACAAGCUGAAGCCGAGAAAAUAUGGGCCAUACAAGGUGAUCAAGAAGAUCAAUGACAAUGCAUAUGUGGUCGACAUGCCUGCUAGUAUGAACAUCUCUCGCACCUUCAAUGUGGCUGAUCUGUAUGAGUUUCGUGAUGAUGUUCCACUCUAUCUGGAAUAUAACUCGGGGUCAAGUUCUUCGGUUUCUUGUAACGCCUAUUUAAUGGCUUUUAGAACCGUCAUAAAGUAUAGUCAACGUGAGAAAGAUAAUCCAAACUCAAAAGGUCCAUUUUACUGCUUGUUACGAUCCAAAAUGGGAGGUGAGAUCAACAACCGCCGGCUUCCAUAUUUCUCCGGCUGCAUGUCGCCUUCGUGCGUGACGGUUCAAGAAGAAUACUCGAGAAUUCACAUUAGCCGUGGAAACAAUAAAGGCAGAAGAUUGAGAAAAUUAGUGAGAAAGAUUGUGAAUGAAAGCAAGAGCAUAUAUGAACCUUCAAAACCUGUGACAUUUCAGUACGAUGCUGUUAGUUAUUCUCAGAAUUUCGAUGAGGGACUCCACAAAGAAGAUUAUCCUCAAGUGUUUCAACAAUUUAAAUGUCGUGUAGUUAAGUAA